AUGGAACCCCGAAAACGCCGCAGAACCACCAUCGUCUGCAACAUCUGCAAGGCACGGAAGGUCCGCUGCGACCGGAACAUCCCGUGUAAUUCGUGUGUAAAACACAGAACGGCCCAUUUGUGUUCCUACAACGACGACUUUCCCGAGGAUGAAAAACCCGUCAAGGCCGAGCUGCCGCCUCCUCAGAUCCAGCAGGAACAGACCGUGUAUCUAGCGCCGGUCCAUGCGGCAAGACUUCUCUCGAAUUUCGCCGAUUACGCCUCGGUGGUUGGCGUGAAUCCUUUGAACGGUCCGCUGGAGAAAAUCUCCUUUUUUCUGGACUACUCGUCCAUGAGCUACGAUCCCGUGACGAAAGAGGAAAUGAACCACGGCCCGUUUCUGUGGCACUCCAUUGUCCGGGUAGACCCGGCGCUAGCGGAUGUGUGGAACUUCAUCUUGGAUAUCAAGCCCACCAAGAGGGUGAAAGUGCCCAGUGUUUAUACGAAAACGGUGGUUCGGGACAACGCUCCAGUGCAGGUUUUGGACAAGAUUCGGCAGCAUUCGGAGCAGCGGUUCGAUCCGGCCAAUGCCAAACUACGGCUGCAAAACAUCCCCUUGGGGUUGACAUUCAAAGACAUAUUCAAGGACAAAACGGAUGCUUCUCACGAAGAACGCCUCAUGGCGAUUCUCCCGUCAAAACGUGUUGUGUGGACCCACAUCGACCGUUUUUUCCACUUCAUCUACCCGUUCUUCCCUUUUCUAGAUGAGGUGCACUUCAGAUCCAACCUCGAACGCAUUUUGGGGCCUCUUUCGUACCACGACGAGCCGGUUUCGUCGGUCAACGUAGAGAGCCGAAUCGACCUUACAACUAUAGGCAUUUUGUGUUUGGUGCUUCGAAUGAGCUAUCUUUCGCUUAUAUCCAACGAAGUGCUGGAAAACACCGAUGUGCUGAAAAGAACCGACGAUAAAGAGGGCCACUUGCUUCUGUGCCCGAUCGGUAUCGAAUUUGUCGAUUUUUCCCGUUUCUGUCUCAACCAGUACCAGGUCUCCAAUAGAGCCUCUCUAGGUGUGGUGCAGUUGGUGGUCUAUAUGAGAAUUUACAUGGAAGUUGCUCCAGAGGACCCUGACGGACCAGGCCGUGAUCUGCACCAGGUGAACAACGGUGUGCUUUUACAAUUGGCCUAUCUGAUAGGCCUCAACAGAGAACCCGAUAAAAUGAUGGAUACCUUGAACAACGCCAGACUCAACAACGUCAGAAGAAAACUCUGGAUGUUUGUCACCCACAAGGACUACCUUAAUUCGGUGAAAUUUGGCACGCCAUUCACGUCGCUGGCUUAUUUCAGCGAUACAAAAUUUCCAUUCCUAGAUUCAUCAAACUCCAACGGUCCUCAGGAUACCAUAGUCGAAGCCUCCAUUCGUCCGCUAGACAAGAUUAUGCCACUAAUCAAGGAGUGCCUCAAGAAAAUUCUCUUUAUCAACCAGGAAACCUCAAUCGCUGAAUUCAUCACCAGCUUAAACCAGCUUGAAGUGUGUCUCCACGAACACUACGGAACUUUGAGAGAUUUCCACGAGUCCUUCCACAAAACAGACCCCAAAUCGCUAGCACACUUGUUACAGCUCCAGUACUACAUCCCCAUCCAGAUCUUCAUCGUCCUGUGCUACUUCCGCUUGUUCCUUCUCUAUGAGAACCAGAUAUCCACCCACUUGGCCUUUUUCUACCUCAAGAAGAUGUUUGUGAUUUUGGCUGAAGAAAACAUUCCCUUUGCUGCCACUCUCCUCGAAAAACCACAUCCGUACUUCCGCUACGCUUACCAGUUUGUCAUGAAUCCUCAUUUGGAGUAUCUCUUGCACAAAUCCGUUGGUUUCUUUGCAGCCAUUAUUUCCCGACUCGGCUACCAGAUCGUGGAGACACCGAAAACAGAAUACUUCCUUCCGCAUCUCAAGGUGCUCAUGCGGUCCCUCUCCCGAUGCUGCAAAGUGUGUCUUUUGGGUAUUCACAAGAUCAACCACAGAUACUGCUAUGCGUGGAGAAUUGGCACCACCUUCACAUACAUCAUCAGAGUCCUAGCCAGUGAAGGUUACUACAAACGCCAUUUCAACAGGAACUCCGAUCUUGUGGUGCCAAAAUUGCAAUUCUCCAAUGACCAGGUUAUUGACCUCAUUCGUGUGCUCCAGACACCCAUCUACAAUGUGGAUCUUUCGCUUUUUGAGGUGUACUGGAGAACAGUUGCCGAUCUUAUCAAGCUCGGCCAAAGUGAAGAAAAAGACGGUUUGAGCAGCUCUCUCUUCAACCCGCUCAACAGUAAAAUUGUAUUCAUUGGAGAGCCUGAAAAUCUCCUGGGAAUUGGAAUCAACGAUGACAGGUUCCCACUGCCUCCAGACGAAAUGCCGCCAGAGAACUUCUUCCCACAUUUUGAUUUCCAGUCGAAUUUGACGGAUGUCAUGGGCACGUUUUUCGAAGGACCAGAGUCGUAUUUUGACUCUUUCAGCAGUAUCCCUAUGAACCAGGUUUUGGACGAUUAUGGCACCGGGAGGUUUUAG